AUGCUUCUCGUGACUGGUCGACAAGCUUCAUUUUUUAUCGUGCUACUUUUCAUUUCUCAACUGUUCCGUGACAAUGCCAGUCAGCAGUGUGUAGCCGGCGGCGACCUAUACUCCAUUUACCAAAUGAUGCUCAAGGGCCACACUUACAAGUCGUUCAAGACUGCACCGGGUACUCUAGAAUGCAGAGAAGCUUGUCUUGCUGAUAUCAAAUGUCAAAGCUACAACGUUGCUAUGUUUAUUGCAAUAUGCGAAUUAAACAACCGAACUAAAGAGGCCAGACCAGAGGACUUUGUCAAAAACAAGGACAGAUAUUACAUGGCGAAAGGUCCAAAACGAGUUCCUCUCGGAUCAAUUCGGGAGUUGCCCGCGGAAUCGUGCAAGGAAAUCAAGGCGAGUGAAGGAGGAAAGGCGGUCAGCGGUAAUAAUUAUUGGAUGGAUUCAACCAGAUCUGGUAACUCUAUUUUAGCUGGCUGUGACAUGAAGACUGAAGUUGCAGAUUAUUGUGUCAAACACCAGUGCCAAAACAAUGCAAAGUGUGUGAACCGUGAGACGAACUACAAGUGUGCGUGUAACUCACCUGGUUGGACAGGAAAAUAUUGUGAAAAAGAUGUCAACGAAUGCGUGGAAGGUCUACAUGGUUGUGAUCCUAACGCCAUUUGUGAUAACACUGUGGGUUCUUACAACUGCACAUGCAGACCAGAAUUAAUUGGAGACGGAAGAAACAGCUGCAUAAGUACAAGUCAUUCUUGUAAGGAAAUUCGGAACGCAAGUUCCCAUCUUAAAGACGGAGAGUACUGGAUCGUUCUUAAGAAGAACGGAAGCCUUUUAAAGGUCUACUGUGAUAUGACAACCGAUGGAGGAGGUUGGCUUCUGGUCUCCAACGUUGUCGUCGGCAACCCAUCCUCGCUACGGUAUUCAUUUGAGUCAUCAUACCGUGAAAUAAGCAAUUGUCAUAACAAGUCGUUGUUACUCACGAUAGAUGCCAUGAAGGAACUGAGAAGACACUUGUCUUUCACUCAGUUGAGAUUCCACUGCCGCAAAAACAAGGGACGCACUCUCCAUUUGACCACGGCUGCUAACAGCAGUGGUGAAGCAGUAGUACAAUACUUCAGUGGUCAGACAGAUGCCAAUCCGAAAGCAUGUGGCUCGUUUGUGAGGAUGAAGGAUGACAACUCGAAGUUAGCUGUUGAUUGUAAUCAAUGGGGGAAUAAAGUGUGGGGAUACUCUUAUUUUGGAAAAAACAGAUAUCGAGUCGUUGCUUAUGUCCAUGGGAAAUAUCACUGGCGUCUUGAAGGGAGCUCAAGAUGGGAAUGUGACGACUUCCACAUCAAUGGUGCAGAAUAUUUUGAUUUAUCCACAGGUGACUUCUGGAGGGUUUUUGUUCGUUAAGGCCAAAUACAACUAGUAACUAAACAUUUCUCACUGUCUUGAAAAAAACUCAA